AUGCCGCCCUAUUCUCGUUCUCAUCUCCGCAACCGAAGAAAGAAGGCAUUCUAUUAUCGCUCUAGACGGGCUAGGAAGGGUAAAGAGGUAGUCGAGAAUCAGAACUUGGUGAACAAUCUUCCGCGUGAUGUGUUGGUGGCAAUUCUGCAAAAGGUUGGAACUAUUGACAUAAUGUUGAAUGUCCAGAAAGUAUGCGUAUUAUGGUAUAAAAUCUGUCAAGAACCUGUAAUUUGGCGUUCCAUUGACAUACAUAGCAUCGGCAAACUCUGCAACCUUCCCGAUUCUGAAGCAACUUACGACGACAUUCCUUAUGAUAUUGAAACAAUUACCGAGGUUGCAAUUGACCGGAGCUGUGGUCAAUUGAUUAAUAUCAAUCUAGAAUAUUUUGGAAAUGACGACCUCCUCAAGUAUAUUACUGACAGGAAAAUUCAGUUGAAACGUCUUCGACUUGUGUGGAGUUACAUUACAGAUGAUGGAUUAAGUGAAGCUGCUAAAAAGAUGCCAUCUUUGGAAGAACUUCAUAUUGAUUUUGGGGGCAUCAAAUACGUAGGUCUUGAAAAUGUUGGUCUGAACUGUCCUGGUUUGAAAUCACUCACAUAUAAAAGACCAGGUAUAGUGACUAAAAUCGAUUAUGAAGAGUUGAGUGGUGAUGAAAUUAAUAUAUUCGAGUAUGAGGAGGAGUAUGAUGUUGCAGUUGAUCCUAAUUCUGUUGCACUUGCUAUCUCAAGAACAAUGCCUCAAUUGCAACACCUUAACCUCAUUGGUAAUGGACUGACAAACGAAGGCCUACAGGCUAUACUCGACUCUUGCCCUCGUCUAGAAUCACUUGAUCUUAGGAAGUGCUUUAGAGUUGACCUAACAUCUGAUCUUGAGUUGGGCAAAAGAUGUUCUUCCAUCAAGACAUUUUGCCACCCCGAUGACUCUACUGGUCCUGGUGAUCAUGAUGCUUUUGAAUCCUAUUACGUGGCUGAUCAUGAUGUGGCUGGUUUUGAUCUUUCUGAUAAUGAAGAUUGA